ACUUAUGGAGUAGCGUUGUAAAUGUUGUCGGUGCCGGUAGUAGAAGAACUAUCGAAUGCCAAUCCCGCAUGAAGCUUGUCAAGCAGGCAAAGAAAGCUGAAAAAUAGAGUACUUUUAUUUUAAGUCAUCGCCAGAUCUUCCAUGUUUCGUUUAAAGUCUCCUGUAACCAAAGUUGCCGUUGGCUGGGUAUUGGUGAUUGCUGCUGGUAUAGGGUCUUUUGCUUUGGCCAAGACAUCGGUCAUCCAACAGCGCAAAGAAAAUAAGAAAGUUCGUGAACGGAUAAUGAGAGCUGUUGAAAGAGCUGGUGAAGAAUCCUCGAAAUCUGGUUGAGUUUUAAAGAAUUCACAAGGUUAUUCCUUCGAUUGUGAAGAGCAAAGAUACAGAGAAUAAGUGAUGGCAAACUUAGCAGGCAUGACGGCCGACCAGAUGAGGCUGGUGCAGGACCUUGAGGUGGAGAUGAUGUCCGACAUGUACACGCGCAUGACCAACGCAUGCCACGCCAAGUGCAUCCCCAGCAAGUUUAAGGAUGCUGAACUGGGCAAGGGCGAGGCUGUGUGCAUUGACAGAUGUGUUGCAAAAUAUUGGGAAAUCCACGAGCAAGUUGGGCGCAAGCUGCAGUCGCUGAGCAACCUUGACGAGGAGACCAUGAAGAAGCUUCAGGAACAACAGAAGUCUCUGACUGGGGCGUCCUGAGGCCUCAUGAGUCAUCCUUAGGCAUUUUGAGGGUCCUACGAUGUCCUGAGGCAUCCUGAGGGGUGCUAAGAUGUCCUGAGGCGUCCUGUGGCAUCCUGAGGCAUUUUGAGGGUUCUUGAGGCGUCGUGAGGCAUCCUGAGGCACUUAAUACUGUUGUGUUCGCUGUGUCUGCGUACAUUAAGAAAAAUUAGUGAAAAUUUGUCCAUAUAGUUAUGUACGUAGUGAUGCAUCUAAUGCCUAGGAUGGGUAAUUCUUACCCAGUAAAAGGGUGUAUCAGUGCUGCAUUCGCUCUUUAAAUCUAGAAUUCAAAUUUGAAUUUAAUAUUCGAAACGUAUCAGUGCUGCGUUCGCUUU